CUGCAUACGUGGUUUCCUUUGACGCUUAUACUUGCGCCACAUAAUGGACAACGGCAUACCCUCCAACCUAUCGGACCCGAUGCAAUUGCGUUUCCAAUUAUCCGAUGACGAGGUACAGACUUAUUGCAGCGGGGUCGCUCAACGGUUCAAGGCUCGUCGUACAACGGGGUUGGACGUUCCUGUUGCUGCCGUUCAGGCGGCCGAUCGGCCUGUAUUUUCGUGCGGAGACGGCUGAGGGCGUGGAGUAUAUGGUGUCGGACUCGGUCGGCAAAACACAGUACAAUGUCCAGGAUCUUAAAGAUAUAGGCCAAUUGCUCAUUAGCUAUUUCGGAUCCUACCAUUUGGUCUUUUGGAAUUGUCAGCAUUUCGCCAAUGCGUACUUGUCCAUCAUUUGUGACGGCCAGUACCGUCCUGUCCUGACGACGUCCGACGUCCUGAGAGGCACUAUGUUCUGCACGAUGGUUGGGGCUCCCUUAGCGACGACGCAUAAGCUCGCAGAGGAUACGCGACGCACGAAGUUGGUUGGCUACGUUGAGGAUGACCUCCGGCAAAGUGACGAUUUGAUAAGUGAACUAUUGCCGUCAGGCCCGGUAUAUAGGAGCCCGGCGAACUGUAUUGUACUCUGAGCCUCCGACGACUACACAUGUUUUACGGAUGACAAAGCGUUCUUUCGUAGCGUUCAUCCUUCUCGUCAUCUCCUUCAUUUCGCACAUCCC